AUGGGGUAUGGUGGUGAUCAGGACGCUGGUAUGGGAUAUGGCAGUGAUCAGGACGCUGGUAUGGGGUAUGGGGGUGAUCAGGACGCUGGUAUGGGGUAUGGGGGUGAUCAGGACGCUGGUAUGGGGUAUGGGGGUGAUCAGGACGCUGGUAUGGGGUAUGGGGGUGAUCAGGACCCUGGUAUGGGGUAUGGCGGUGAUCAGGAUGCUGGUAUGGGGUAUGGAGGUGAUCAGGACGCUGGUAUGGGGUAUGGAGGUGAUCAGGACGCUGGUAUGGGGUAUGGUGGUGAUCAGGAUGCUGGUAUG